AUGGACGCCAAUAAGAUUAACUGGAAGGAUGCCUUCCUGUUCUUCUACUGGGAUUUGCACGAUGAAGACACUGAUUCUCCUCUCGCAAGCAAAGCGAAAUACGACAACUUCAUCAUGGAGUUCUUGAAGGGAGAGCGCUUGCCUCUCAACACCCUGUCUCGCCCCAAGUCAUGGAACCACCUGCUAUGGCACCUCAUGCGAUCCUCCCUAUACCAGACAGGCAACAGCAGGAGCAACUACAAUUGGCUCUAUGAUUCUCCCUCUGAGACCGAAGAACCCUGGGUGAACUGGAUGGAACUCCUCGACAUCUACAGCGAACAAGUCGAAUUUGAUGAACGAAAUGAAUACGACGAUCACAUAUUCUGGGUUCUGGAAUACCUGGAGGAACGCGCAUACGCAAACGUCCACUGCAACCUGACAAUGAACGAGGCGUGGGCCAGCAACCCCUAUCUUCUGGGAUUCGGAGACUUUCAGGGUCUUCGACUUGACUGGGCGGUGUCGCUUCCCUUCAAUGGUGCUUCAUCAUACGAAUUAGGAUUGCCUUUGAUCCUCGACCAAGGCUUUAUCAUCAAUCACGAGGUCGCUUCAAACGCCAUCCAUCUUCAUUAUGAUAGAGACCGGCUAGGAAAUCGAAAAUUGCUCGGCGCAGCACAAUUCUACUAUACGAGUAUGAUUCGAUGGGCUAAAUAUAUGGCCGGAAGAGGCAGAGUUUCGAGCAUUGGCAACUUCUUUCUGAGACAUUCCGAAUUUCGCCACUGGCCGAAGCUGGACAACGCCGCUGAUAGAUUGCGCAUCACGAAGGAGCUGUGGGAGAGCAUUAGAAGAUAG